AUGGCCCUAGGACUCGAGAUCACUGAGCUGAGGCUGGGUCUGCCCGGUCAUGCCGACUCAAACCACCUUGCUGGUGUUAAUGCAGUGGAGAGAAACGAGAAGAAGAGGGUGUUUUCUGAGAUGUCCGGGGAUAGCAGCGCCACCACUUGUGAACGGAAAGCCCAGAACAAGAACCAAGUUGUGGGGUGGCCGCCAGUCUGCUCAUAUCGGAGGAAGAACAGUUUUAACGACAAGGAUCGAACAGAAGCUACCAAAAUGUACGUGAAAGUGAGCAUGGACGGCGCACCUUUUCUUCGUAAGAUCGAUUUGAGUUCCCACCAAGGCUACUUCAAUCUUGUCACCGCUUUUGAGGAGCUUUUCGGGUGUUUCGGCAUCGGUGAAGCAUUGAAAGAUGCAGAUAGUUCAGAGUAUAUUCCCAUAUAUGAGGACAAAGAUGGGGACUGGAUGCUUGUAGGAGAUGUUCCUUGGGAGAUGUUCAUUGAAUCUUGCAAGAGGCUGAGGAUCAAGAAAAAAUCCGAAACCAAGAAUUUCGGCCUGCAGUUAAAUUCUCUGAAGGAACUCCAGAAGAUAAAUGAUUAG